UCCUAUUUUUUAAAAGAAGUAAAAGUGCUAGGCGCACUACCCAUCAUGUAGGAAGUGUUCAAUACAUGUUAGCUGUUAUUAUUAGAUAUCUUUAAUAUUAUUAAUGAUAUAACCCACAUACCCCUAGUCAGAGGCUUUGCUGUGAGCCCAGGGAGGUUAGUGAGAUGGGCCCUCAAACUCAGACAUCUCAAAAGCAGAAAUCCCCAGCCCUAUCUAGGCCUCAGGCCAGGCACCUGACCUGGUGAAUGAACAGCAGUUAGGGAAUGGUCAGAGGAACUCACUGCUGGUUCCAGCAAGCUCUGCAGGUAGGGAACGCCUAUAAGAAGGAGGCCAGAAAGUAGCUAGUGCUGUGAUUGAAAACAAGCUCUGGAGUGAGGUCAAGGUUUGAAUCAGCCUGCUAGCUGUGUGCCGUUAGACAAAUGACUGUGCCUCUCUGAGCCUCACGUGGCUCAUGUGUAAAUAGCAAGUAAAAACAGAACCUACCUCACAGGGACAUUUUGAAGAGUAAGUGAAGUAAUCCACGCACAAUGCUUAGCACAACAUCUGGAACAUCACUUUAGAGCUUGAAAAUACUACCUGCUUUUACUAUCAGGCAUCCCAGACUACUCCCUGGGACUGCGCUGCUUCCCCACGCCAUUUGUGAAGGAGACGGUGCAGGCCGCUGGAUACGGAAACAGCUGCCAUCUUGUGUGUGGACUGCGUGUGUGUGUCACAGUUUUCCACUUCCUCCUGGACCUAUUUCCUUUGUGAGCUCAACCCGGAGGAAUCCGCAGACAAAGGAACAAUUCUGGGAGAGCCCAGUCCCACAGCCAAAAGCUAUUUCCUCAGAAGCGGCUGUCCUUCCCCACUCCCUCCCGUGUGGUCUGGAAAUGGCUUGGGGAGAAGCAGCUAAGGCUUCCCUGGAGGCUCAGAGCUGAGAAACAAAGUGCCCAAGUGAAGGCCCUCCUGGUGGAGGACAGGAACCUGGGCAGAGCUGCUGCGAGGAAGGCCAUUGAGGAUGCGGGCUUCCCUGAGCCUGUCACCCUCGCCUGACUCCUGGGAAGAGUGGCGCCCAGAAACUCCCCGUGACCUCCCUGUCUUCCUGAAAUAACAGUACAUCAGAGGCUGGCCCUCUACCAUCUCUAAUCAUAAUCCCUACAUUUGCCAGCCUUUUCCCAGCCAUUCCUCAUUUCCCCCUCACACGAACCUGCGCAUGGGCUUUCUAAGCCCCUUCUUACGGAAGAGGAAAAUGAUUCUGAGGGGGUUAAAUAACUCACCCGAAAUUACAUCCUGGCAAAUGGGAGGAGUCAGAGCCCAAACCAAGUCCUCUAAGUCCCGAAUUCUUCCCACUAUUUUUUGCCUUCUCCCUUUAUGAAUGCUUCUGUGUUUCUAUCCUGUGGAGUCAAGUUUGUACUAUUCUCUUAAGCAUAAAAGGAUAUUCAGUUUCCUGCAAUCGCUGUAAUUAACACACACAAAAGUCUUCCAAGGUGACCUCACUACCCCUGCCCUCCCUCACACAGGGGCUAUAUUUAACUCUUGGAAAGCACUAAGAAAGGCAUUGGCUUUGCAGCUGGGCUUUUUUUCCACCCCUUUGUCAUUCUUUUCCAGCCCGCAUGCACAGUGGGCUUCCCUAUCCAAGCUGGGACAACAGGAAGUGUUUGUCUUAGUGAUAAACAAUGCGAGUCCAACCAGUGCCAUCUCCUUCCACGUUCUGCCCACUGUUUGGCCUUCCUUUGGACUCAGAGAGAAGUGCCUGUAAAUUCAGAGGGAGGAAGGGAGAUAACCUAACGGCCCCAGCCGGGUAGAUUUGCAACAACUUAGAAGAGUCUGUGGACAAGAAAUCUCUUAAGAAGAGAUUUCUCAACCCACGAAGUGAAGGGGCAGUUCUGCCAGCCUCACCUGAGGAGCUGGUGACCUCUCUGCAGAGUCAACCCAGAGCUGGACACAGACAGAAGCAGCACCCUGAAGGAAAACUGAGGAAGGCAUAACAGCUAGAUCCUCCAGUAUUCUCAUGUGUAAAUGGGGCUAACCCACCUCGUUGUAAGACUUAAUUCAUAUAAAUAAUACAUGUAAAUCACUUAACGCAGAGCAUGACUUAUAGCAGUAAUGGAAGAGUAAUAGAGAUAGCUAAUGUUUGCUGAGAGCUUACUGUGUGCCAGACACUGUUCAGGCACAGUCACAUGUCGGGGCCAGUUCCUGCUGGUGAGGUAGAUAUGCUCACUUACUGAUGGUGUACAUGAGGCACGGGUACUUAUGCAAGUUUCCCCAGAGGUACGCAGUUUGCAAAUUGGGAAACAGGAAUUAAAUUCAGGUGGUUUAGGUUGCUCAAUAUCUGUUAUCAUUAUGUCUCAAUGUAUAUGUUAGAAUUAAAACCCACCAACUACAAAAAUGUGCGUCACUAAAUCAAUUGCCAGCUAUAUUCACGUGAGGGAUACAAAUUCAACAAAAUAGAGCAUUUGGGAGCCUAGCCAAGUGAAAAAUCGGGCUUCUGCCUCCUUUUAAGUACUGGGAGUACUUUUCGUUGCCUGAUUGUUUUUCUUUUUUUUUUUUCAAGCAUCUCUUUACUAUACUGAGCCACCAUGAGGCCAGACAUGGUUUUAAAAUCACAUUAACUGUUAGAGUUUAUCAACUCUUAAAUGAAAACAAAGUUUGCUCCCAGAAUUUAUAGUUCCAGGUAUACUUAAAUAUUUGCCCUAUGUUUGGCGCUAGCUAAAGCUGGCAAUGCUCCUGCACUCAAGGAGCUCAGGCUCAAGUUGUGGAAAGUGACAGUCGUUAAAAAAUACAUAAGUAAAUACAAAAUCUCACCAUGUGAAGUGUCACAGGGAGACAUACUUGAUGCUACCAUGGCAUAAAAUGGGAGGAACAGUGCAUUGAAGAGGACAAGGAAGGUAUCCAUCCCUGAGGAAGUCAGGAUUGAGUAGAGAGCUAAAGAAGGUGUUACUGGCUGGCAGGGGAAGGAAGUUCUGAUAGGCAGAGGGAACAGCUCAUCAAAGUCCUGAGUUAAGAGGCUGAGGAACAGAGCGUGGGGACAGCCUGGAAAGAGGUCUCUCUAGAAAAGCCUGCAGGGCUUGAAAGUCAUAGGAAAGGGUGCUCUUCCUUUCCUUCAUCCUACCCAAGCACUGAGCUCACAUCUGAUCAGCAUACUGCCUUUCUUUCCAGGGUGACUUGCCUCCCCUCUGGUAUAAUGGGUCAUAACCCACUAAUAUGCUCACUUGUUAAAACACAGUAUGCAGAAAGUUAUCUCUAAAAUCAUGAUCAAAAAUGUUCAAAGUAAUGCACUGGUUCUUUCUCCAGAACAGGAGCCUUUAUGAGAUGGAAAUUGGGUCAUUUUCCUUUGCAUAAGAAAGGUAAUUUGAGUAAACCACAAGAAAAAUUGUAGACCCUUCACAGAACCACAGUCUCACAGCUUUCCUUUCUCCAUUUUUAAAUGGUGCUGGUUGCAUUUACUCUGACUUUGAAAACAAAGAAGGAUACGUGAUCUUUGUGAUCUCUGUAAAGAGGCUGGUCACAUAGUGAGGUGGGGAAAAAAGAAGCUGUAUAUUUUCCUAACUGCUUUGCAUUUAAUGAAUGUGUGAUUUGCAAGCUGUUUCUAAGCGUUUUUGGACAUUCCAGCGUCUAAAAGGUACACAGGAAUGAGCUCAUGAGUCCAAGUGCCCAGCAUUAGGCCCAGUUUGACAGUAGCCAAUACAGGGUUUAUUAUUCUUGUGGCUUGCUGAAAUUUAAUUCCUCACUUGUCUUUUGUUUUGAACUCAUUAUCUUUGUGAUCUCUAAAUCAAUCCGACCUUCUGUGUGCUAGUGUCCUUACUGGCUGGGAUAAAUACCUCUUGCUUAAAGGUUUCACUCAGACUGCAGCAGGGAUGUGAACCAGGUAGCAAAUGGUAGUACUUUUUAUGGUAGCUUAAUUUCUACUAUCUAACAUCUUAUUUUGAUUUCAGUCAUGUGGGGAGGAGUGAGGAGAAGAUAGAAAGGUGAUCUUACUCCCAGUUGGGUACUCACCAGGAACAAUAAGGACUUAGCAGUCUAAUCUUAGAUAUAUUUUAAGUAGGUUUCUAAAUUUAUUUGAAAAACUUUCUUGCUACCCAGAGAAUAAUUAUCCCUCAUCUUGGGUUUCUGAGCCUCUCUGUCUCACUUAAAAGAUUGAAAACUUAUAAACAAUGAUUAGCCCAUUUCUUCCUGUUGUAUCUUGUUCCCAUCAUUGGAAUUCACCUCCCUAGGAUUCAACUAAACCAAGCAAGAUAGAUGGAAUUUAUUCGUGGUUCUUAAUAAACUUGAGACAUAAAGACAGUUCUGUCCUGAUGCCCAAGUCUGCCCUCAGAAAGCACAGAUGACCUGAACAGAGAGCAAAGACAGGAGAGAAGGGCAGCUUAGGAACUAGGAACAAAAUUUUUCCUGACUAGGGACAGCAGGGACCCAGGAUUCCUGGGUUGCAUGACUGCCCCUCCCUCUAGAAGAUAUUUCCUCCUCACCUUGCAUGGGGGGUGGUCGUUGGGAUGUCAGCACCCUGAGGGAAGGAGCUCUGCCAGCUCCUUGUGCCACAGCCAUCUGAAGCUCAGUGUCAGGGCCAGAGCCAUGAAUAGUCCACAGGAUAAGGCUUGCAGAGUCCCACCAUGCCCUCUUGUCCCAUACCCUCCUCCUUCGUGCCUACCACUGCACCUGAAACUCCACGGGGCAGUCACAGAUGAAUGCAGAGAGCAGCCAUUGAGUGCCUGAGCACCAUACUCAUCAGUUCAUUUCAUCUUCACCAUAAGCUUGUGAAGCGGCUACUGUGAUCACCCCCACUGUUUGCAGAUGAAGAAUCAGAAGGGUAGGAAAGUUUAGAAAUUUCCCCCAGAAGCCCACAGCUAGAAAAUGACAGAGCUGGAAGGGAGCCCAAAUUGUGCAAUCCUGUGCUCUUAGCCACUCUUCUAUGACAAAUCUUAAGCAUUAAGCUUUGUGUAAGUAUUAUGUGAACUUAACACAAACUACUUUUCCCCCAACUGGCUGUGUGAAUAUCUAAGUCAAAUAACCUCUUGGACACUCACUUGCUACAUGUUUAAUACAAGAGUGUUAGACUAGGCCCUCAAAAUAUUGUAUUCAUUGAGUAAAUGUUCAUUGGGAAUCUGCUGCAUACUGAUUGAGGCGCAGACCCUGUCCUUGUGGAGCUUGUUACAACUAUAGCAUAUCUGUUCCUAGUGCUAUCUGAUCAAUACUUUGGAGUCUGCAUAGUUCUGGGGAGUAUUAGACAAUAACAACAAUGAAGAAACAACAUGCAAUAUGGCUAUCAUUUCGUGAAUGUUUGUUCGAGGCAUGGUACCAUGCAAAGUGCUUCAUAAGCGUAACCUUACCUGGUUUUCCAAGCCUGUGCAGUUGGGAUCCUAUCAUUCUCAUUUUGCCUAUGAUGAAACCAGGGCUCAAAAUUUCGAAUGUGGCCAUCAUUCCAAAGCUCAGAAGUGGCAGUGCAAGAAUGCCAGCAUCCAUGGGGGCAACCCCAAAGCCCUAGCCACUGCACUACUCUAAGCAAGACUCCAUGCUCCAUCUUUUAUCAUCUUCAAGGGCUCUUAUUCCCACCUUGACUCUCAGUUAUUUAGAAGAGGAUAUCUAAAGAUAAUUUUGUAAGGAAUAGGAGAGGUUUUCCCACAUUCCCUAUGUUCAUAGAUGUCCUCUGUAGCAUUUUUUUUCUGGUGGAGUAUUUUGCAGAGGUUGAACCUUGGACGGCCCGCAUCAGAGUCACCUGGAGUACUUGUAAAAAUGCAAGUACCUGGAUCCAGGAUGGGCCUACCAAAUUAGACUCUCUGGAAAGGACGUCUGGUAUCGUGCAUUUUCAACAAUCUCACUGGAGGAGUCUUUUCUUACUAAAAUUUGAGGCUCUUGUCUUGAUGGUCUAUAUGAGCCCUAGCAGAAACACUUGUCAUAUGCCUUAUACCCAUAUGACCUCUCCAAUUUAAAUUCUCUGAUGUUUUAAAUCUCUGUGGUUUGAAUUCUGUAGCAUUAAAGAUGAAGCUGUCAUCAAAAUUCUGUAUUUACUGUGAUUGAAAGCUAGCUGCUUGGGGUGAGCUCUGUAUUGUUCUGGAAGAGCCCAGCACUGGCUGAAAGGUUUCUUACAUCCAUGAUGUAUAUCAGGUUUUCUCUGGGAUGAGAUCCCUGCUGUUAAUUCAGGUAUCUGCUUUGAGUGGUUUAUUUUUCUUCUAUGAGAUCUUCACAGUUGAAGCUCUGAAGUUCAAACAGGCCCAGUGGGGAGAGGGCCUUCAUGCAGGAAUUUCAGCCCCACAUGAAGGUCUCAUCCACAGGUGAAGGUAUACCCAGAUAGGAGCCUCAUGAAGUCAUGGCCCAGAGUGCUCCACUGGAGGGCUGUGAGGAAGCCCAGUAUUCACAUCUGCCCACCUCCUCCCAGCCCCAGCCUGGCCUCCUGGCCUCUGCUGCACUGAGCUGGGCUGAAGUCUUCUGAUGGAGCAUUCAGGUGCAAGAUCAGACAGGCAGUUCAAGGCCUGGCGUUACUGCUUACCAGCUGAGUAACUUCACUUCUCUGAGCCUCCAUUUCCUCCUUUGUAGGGCAUUGGAGGAUUAAAUGAGAUAAUGUGCAUUAACUGCCCAGCUCAAGGUAACUGCUCAGCUCCAGGGAAAGACUGGCAGGUUCAGUGCAAGCUGCGCUUUGCAUCAUGGUUCCCCUCCCUCUGCCCCUGCUGCCUGCCAGAUCUGUUCAGGUCACAGAAACCCCACCAGGACUGGACUGGCAGCCCCUCAUUCUCCGUCUGCUUCUCUCAGAUGCACUCAGUCCCUUUCUUCUGCUUUGGUCUAUUUGAACUUUGGUGAUCAAAUCUCAGUUAAAGGAAGAGCACUUAGAUGUCAAGGUCCGGCGUUAAGAAUCUCAUCAAAGACCAGGAAGGAAACAAAAAAGUGCUGGAGCAGCUGCUCCCAGAGCUCACUGGGCUGCUCAGCCUCCUGGACCACGAGUACCUCAGCGAUACCGCCCUGGAGAAGAAGAUGGCCGUGGCCUCCAUCCUGCAGAGCCUGCAGCCCCUUCCAGCAAAGGAGGUCUCCUACCUAUAUGUGAACACAGCAGACCUCCACUCGGGGCCCAGCUUCGUGGAGUCCCUUUUUGAAGAAUUUGACUGUGACCUGAGUGACCUUCAGAACAUGCCGGAGGAUGAGGGGGAGCCCAGCAAAGGAGCCAGCCCUGAGCCAGCCAAGAGCCCAUGCCUGAGAAACGCAGCCGACCUGCCUCCACCGCUCCCCAACAAGCCUCCCCCUGAGGACUACUAUGAAGAAGCCCUUCCUCUGGGACCCGGCAAGUCUCCUGAGUACAUCAGUUCCCACAAUGGCUACAGCCCCGCCCACUCGAUUGUGGAUGGCUACUAUGAGGACGCAGACAGCAGCUACCCAGCAACCAGGGUGAACGGCGAGCUUAAGAGCUCCUACAAUGACUCUGACGCAAUGAGCAGCUCCUAUGAGUCCUACGAUGAAGAGGAGGAGGAAGGGAAGAGCCCGCAGCCCCGACACCAGUGGCCCUCAGAGGAGGCCUCCAUGCACCUGGUGAGGGAAUGCAGGAUAUGUGCCUUCCUGCUGCGGAAAAAGCGUUUCGGGCAGUGGGCCAAGCAGCUGAUGGUCAUCAAGGAGGACCAGCUCCUGUGUUACAAAAGCUCCAAGGACCGGCAGCCGCAUCUAAGGUUGGCUCUGGAUGCGUGCAGCGUCAUCUACGUGCCCAAGGACAGCCGGCACAAGAGGCACGAGCUGCGUUUCACCCAGGGGGCUACUGAGGUCUUGGUGCUGGCACUGCAGAGCCGAGAGCAGGCCGAGGAGUGGCUGAAGGUCAUCCGAGAAGUGAGCAAGCCAGUUGGGGGAGCUGAAGGAGUGGAGGUCCCCAGAUCCCCUGUCCUGUGCAAGCUGGACCUGGACAAGAGGCUGUCCCAAGAGAAGCAGACCUCAGAUUCUGACAGCGUGGGCAUAGGAGAUAACUGCUCUAGCCUUGGCCGCCGGGAGGCCUGUGAUCACGGCAGAGGGAAGAAGAGCAGCCUGGCAGAGCUGAAGGGCUCAAUGAGCAGGGCCGCGGGCCGCAAGAUCACCCGUAUCAUCAACUUCUCCAAGAAGAAGCAACUGGCUGAUGACCUGCAGACGUCUUCCGCCGAGGAGGAGGUUCCCUGCUGUGGCUACCUGAACGUGCUGGUGAACCAGGGCUGGAAGGAACGCUGGUGCCGCCUGAAGUGCAACACUCUGUAUUUCCACAAGGACCACACGGACCUGCAAACUCAUGUGAACGCCAUCGCCCUGCAAGGCUGUGAAGUGGCCCCAGGCUUUGGGCCCCGACACCCGUUUGCCUUCAGGAUCCUGCGCAACCGGCAGGAGGUGGCCAUCUUGGAGGCAAGCUGUUCGGAGGACAUGGGUCGCUGGCUUGGGCUGCUGCUGGUGGAGAUGGGCUCCAGAGUCACCCCGGAGGCACUGCACUAUGACUACGUGGACGUGGAGACCUUAACCAGCAUCGUCAGUGCUGGGCGCAACUCUUUCCUAUAUGCAAGAUCCUGCCAGAAUCAGUGGCCUGAGCCCCGAGUCUAUGAUGAUGUUCCUUACGAAAAGAUGCAGGAUGAAGAGCCUAAGCGCCCCACAGGGGCCCAGGUGAAGCGCCACGCCUCCUCCUGCAGUGAGAAGUCCCAUCGCGUGGACCCACAGGUCAAAGUCAAACGCCACGCCUCCAGUGCCAAUCAAUACAAGUAUGGCAAGAACCGAGCCGAGGAGGAUGCCCGGAGGUAUUUGGUAGAAAAAGAGAAGCUGGAGAAAGAGAAAGAGACGAUUCGGACAGAGCUGAUGGCAUUGAGACAGGAGAAGAGGGAGCUGAAGGAAGCCAUUCGGAGCAGCCCAGGAGCAAAAUUAAAGGCUCUGGAAGAAGCCGUGGCCACCCUGGAAGCUGAGUGUCGGGCAAAGGAGGAGCGCCGGAUUGACCUGGAGCUGAAGCUGGUGGCUGUGAAGGAGCGCUUGCAGCAGUCCCUGGCUGGGGGGCCAGCCCUGGGGCUCUCCGUGAGCAGCAAGCCCAAGAGUGUGGAAACUGCAAAUAAACCGCCGAACAGCAUUCCAGAGCAAUCUCUCCCUGUCAACUGUGUUUCUGAGCUGAGGAAGAGGACCCCAUCCAUCGUAGCCGCCAACCAAGGAAGAGUGCUACAGAAAGCCAAGGAAUGGGAAAUGAAGAAGACCUAGGAAGAAGAUAAGGAUUACAUUCCAAAGGAAAUAUCAGCUUGUCCACCUGAGGAAGAAAUGCUUUUUUCACAAGGAGACACCAAGAGAAGACUAGGAAGUAGCCCUCAUUCUCCAGGGCACCCAAAAAACCAGCCUUUAUUGUCUGCAUGAUUUUAGGGGACAUGGGGAGGGAAGAAGUAGAAGGGAAGAGGGAAAUUGAGAGCAUCCUAUGACUUUAAAAGGGUGGAAAUGAGGAUGGAGGGAGACAGAUGUCUGCACAGCAUAAAGGUUUUGUAGAUGUCUUUGCCUUCCCUUCUGAAGAAGAAAUGAAAGCACACGUGAAUAACCCCUUCCAUCCCAUUCACAGCAUCAUACUCCCAGUCCUUAAGGCAAAGGGAGGCAGCACUCAAGCAUUGGUGGUGCAGUGAAAGAGACAAGACCUGAUCAUCCGAUCACACUUGUGACAACUGGAUUCAUAUUGGGCAUUACUGACAACCCCUGGGCAAGGCAAAGAGGCUGAACAAUCAAUAACAUUAUCCCUGCCUGCAUACAUGUGAACAAAAGCUAUAGAGGACAUGCAAAUUCUACAGUCAUUCCUCAUUUGCUUUAGACAGAGUGCAGCUACUAGAAUCUUUCAGAUUUGAGUGUUUUAAAAUCAGAGCUCUGAAUACACAAAAGGAAUGAAAAAUGGAGCAGCUGACAUAUUUUAAGCUCACAGUGAUACUCACUAACAGGAGCACAUAGCUCUAAUGUCCACAGGAUGUUGUACGGUAGGGUCUUUCAGUCAAUCAAGUCCCUUACCUAACUUCUAUGAUGCUAAGGCUCUUGGAGCUAUGGGUUAGAAAUCCAAGAGGUAAUGUGUCUUUAUUCUAAUGAAGUCCUCAUCUUGCACUCAGAGGCCCACCAGUCUGCCCUUCUAUAUAUUAAGUAAAACCAAGAGAAAUUCAGAGGAUAAUGGCUUAUUUCUCUUACAUGGGUGCUAAACCUUUUACAAACACUUGAUACUUUUAUAAGCGGACUAUGGACCUCAAGUCCUGGGCAGUCUCCUUACUGUGCUACUCACUACUGUCUCAACACUCUAGGUACUUUCUGGGUCUGUCUUUAACACAUUUCCUUCCAAAAAAGAUAUAACCACGUCUUAAAAGCCAGAGCUUAGCUCAAGAAGAAAGAAGGAAAAUCUCAGAAUAAACUUGGACACUUUGCUGUAGAGUUUACAUAUUUUAACCCACUUAAGGUUUUACAGACUUUAGCCUCACCCAAACUUUAUCAUCCACUGAAGUAGCUGGAGACCACAGCAGGAAAAAUAACCUAACCCAGUGAUCACUCACUAAUUAGUGGCAAAGCAUAGGACUUAGGGUUUAUAAGUCCAGAUCCACAUAGGGCUAGGUUUGAGCCCUGCCUCUGAUAACCAGCUGGGAGAUCUUGGGAAAGUCACUUGACUGCUCUGAUUCUUGUUUCUCUUAUCUGUGAAAUGGAGUUAACAAUUGUACUUUCCUCCCAAGAUUUUUGGGAAGAUUUAAUAAGACAAUACAUAGUAGGCAUCUUGCAGAGUGUCUGAGAAAUAGGAAAUGUUUUGUCAAUAGUGGCUCUCACUAGCCAGGCAUCGUGGUACACGCUUGUAGUCCCAGCUACUUAGGAGGCUGCGGCAGGGGGACCACUUGAGCCCAGGAGUUUGAGACUGUAGUGCACUAUGAUCAUCCCUGUGAAUCACCACUGCACUCCAGCCUAAGCAAAUAGCAAGACCCCAUCUAUUAAAAAAAAAAAAAAAAAUGUGGCUCUUAUUAUUAGCUAUAU